GGUGUUUUGAGUGCUGUAUUAAAUGCCUGGGAGGUAUUCCCUAUGCUUCUCUGAUUGCCACCAUCCUGCUGUAUGCGGGCGUUGCCCUGUUCUGUGGCUGUGGUCAUGAAGCCCUUUCUGGAACAGUCAACAUUCUGCAGACCUACUUUGAGAUGGCACGGACUGCUGGAGAUACACUGGAUGUUUUCACCAUGAUUGACAUCUUUAAGUAUGUGAUCUAUGGCAUUGCAGCUGCUUUCUUUGUCUAUGGCAUUUUGCUGAUGGUGGAAGGUUUCUUCACAACUGGUGCCAUCAAAGAUCUCUAUGGGGACUUCAAGAUCACCACCUGUGGCAGAUGUGUGAGCGCCUGGUUCAUCAUGCUAACAUACCUCUUCAUGUUGGCCUGGCUUGGAGUCACAGCUUUCACCUCACUGCCAGUGUACAUGUAUUUCAACCUAUGGACCAUCUGCCGAAACACCACACUAGUGGAGGGAGCAAAUUUCUGCUUGGACCUCCGUCAGUUUGGGAUUGUGACAAUUGGAGAGGAAAAGAAAAUUUGUACUGUCUCUGAGAAUUUCUUGAGGAUGUGUGAAUCUACUGAGCUGAACAUGACCUUCCACUUGUUUAUUGUGGCACUUGCUGGAGCUGGAGCAGCCGUUAUUGCUAUGGUCCACUACCUUAUGGUUCUGUCUGCCAACUGGGCCUAUGUGAAAGAUGCUUGCCGGAUGCAGAAGUAUGAAGACAUCAAGUCGAAGGAGGAACAAGAGCUUCAUGACAUUCACUCCACUCGCUCCAAAGAGCGGCUCAAUGCAUACACAUAA